CUCCGCGUUCCAUCCGGGAAAUGGUGGGCGUGGCUUAGCCGGGGCUUCCCAAGCCGGGAUGUCGGGUCCGAACGGGGAGCCGCAGCUCCAUCUGGGGCGGGGCGGCGAGGAGGAAGAGGAGGAGGAAGGCUUCGGGGAGGCAGAAUACGCCGCCAUCAACCUCAUGCUGGACCAGAUCAACUCUUGCCUGGAUCAUUUGGAGGAGAAAAACGAUCACCUGAACACCCAGCUGAAGGAGCUACUGGAAUCGAACCGGCAAACUCGUCUGGAGUUCCAGCAGCAGCAGCAGCUCGGACAGGAUGGGGAACUCCGAAAAGCCCAGCCGGAUUCUUAAGGAUCGAAAAUCAACUUUUUGAGACUUUUUAAAAGGUUGCAGCUCGCUGGCUGAUGAGGUUCACCGGCAGAUUCUCUUAAAUCCAGCUUUAAAAAAUCAUCGCAGAAUCUCGUGGUUUUGAGUUGGGAGAUCCCCGUACUCAGGGGUGAAAUGCUCCCGGUUUGGACCGGAUCGCCCGAUCCGGUAGCGAUGGAGGCGGGUGGUUCGGAGAACCGGUAGCAAAAAUCCCUGCCCCCGCCCCCAUUGCCCAGCUGAGCUGCGCAAUCAUCAGAGGCUUUUUUAAAAAAAAAUUUAAAAGCAUUUUUUCUACGACGUCUUCGAGGUUAUAGAAAAAAUGUUUUUAAAGGGAAAAAAAGCCUCUGCCGAUCAGGCAAGUCAUCUGGGAUCGUCAGAGGCUUUAAAAAAAAAAAAUAGCCUCUGCCGAUCAGGCAAGUCAUCUGGGAUCGUCAGAGGCUUUAAAAGCAUCUUUAAAAGAUCUUGUUAAGUGUUUCUUAAGCAAGGGCUUUUUUUAAUAAAUGGGUGUGGCUGUGAGAAUUGUCAUAGGGUGAGGUAGUGAGCGUUUUAGAUUUGAUUUAAAUUUCAUGUCGUGACCAGUUUCAGUUAUGAUGGCGCUGGAAAAAAACCCCCUGACUUAUGACCGUUUUUCACCCUUACGACCGUUGCAAUAUUCCCCGCGGUUAGGAGAUCAAAAUUCAGAGGCCUGGCAACCAGCUCUCAUUUAACAAGAUUUGGCAGGGACCUCAGAGGUCAUCAAGUCCAACCCCCUGCCCAAGCAGGAGGCCGUACAUCUGCCUCUACCCAGGAUCAAACUCACAACCUCCUGACUGCGAGGCAAGAGCUCAACCUCUAGGCCACCGCAGAACUUAUUUAUAAUGGUUGCAAUGUCCCCACGGGAAUGAUAUGAUCCCCUUUUGCAAUCUUUUUGCAAAAAACCAGGUUGCCAACAUAACAACUGCAGUGAGCCACUUAACAACGAACGCAAGAAAGGUCAUAAAAGUGGGGUCCAAAAUAUUUUCAGCAACUGUCUCGCUUAGCGACAGAAAUUUCGGGCUCCGUUGUGGUCGUAAGUCUUGUUAAUUGCCAUGCCACCAAACCUCUCUCUAUUUGGAUAAUGGGAUAGAAUUCUGUCUAGCAUUAACUGUGAAUGUCUAGCUUAGUUUAAACCAGAAUGGGUCUGAUUGAAAAGGCCAACAUUCAGGGGCAAAACAGGCUACCUUCUGCCCCGGUUUGUAAAAAAGGCUUAUGGUUUUUUUAACCAUGGUUUACCACUCCCGGCUGAGCCGAUUGCACAAACCCUGGAAAACAUUUUCUUGCAAUUAACUUACGAUUGUUGGCCCGAAUUUGGUCACUGAUUAAAUGAUGGAACAGUGUACAAAA